AUGGCGGAGCCCACAUCCUUCAAUGUGCGUGCGCAGCGCGAGAAGAAAGAGUCGUUGAAGAAGCGGGAGAGUACGCAUGGCGGGAGCGGAGGAGGUGGUGGAGGCGGCGCCGCCGCUGGUGGAGGGUCAUCGUCGUCGCUCAAGCGCAAGGCCAACGCGGUAUCGCAGGCUCCAAGCCCCAUGAGAUUCGCGGUGCCGCCGCCGCGGACUGUGGACUUUGAUGUGCCCAAGGACGAUGUCAUGGUCGCACACGAGCCACCAUUCUUGACGCCUCACAAUGACCGCCAGCUGUAUAGACCGAUGGACCUGGCAGAGAACAAGCGCGGAUAUCGCUACUCACGCGCCAUCGCUGACCCGCAGUUUCCGCACAAGCAAUUCUAUCGAUCGACUUCUCCACCACCGCAUUAUGCCCGGCUCAGCUUCGAGGACGCCGACAAGGGCAUGCAUUUCUCCACCAAUGCCUUGUUCACGACAAAUGAAAAGGGAUGGCGCAUGGUCCGCUCAAACCUCUGCGCGCGGGAAGGUACACUAUACUAUGAACUCAAGAUUCACCGUGGCGUGCCGCGAGAAGGACCAGAUCCCGAUACCAAUGUCCCACAACCACAUGUCCGAUUUGGCUGGGCAAGGCGGGAGGCACCGCUUGAUGCACCCGUGGGCUUCGAUGGAUACAGCUACGGCAUCACAGACAUACGCUUCGAGACCAUGCAUCGUAGCCGGCCCGGCAAGUUCUUUCACUCGAAAAAAGCUGCCAAGAGCAAGUCGGCCAAAUCGUCGCUCGCUGCGCCUACUCCGGUUGUGCUGGGUCCAGAAGACCAACACAUCAAGGAAGGCGAUGUAAUUGGCGUCGAGCUUCAACUUCCCUCCCUCCAACUACAGCAAAAAAUAGUCAGCGGCAUCUACAAUCCUGCCGCCGAUUUUGGCGAUGGCUUUGACCAAUCCGCUGCACCGCUCGAUGAGCCCAUGGAUGUUAUUCGCGACCGUAUUCCUGUUCCUUACAAAGCAAACAACUACUUUGAAGUCAUCGAUCACGUCGCUUCCAGACCCAUGGAGGUCUAUGCAGAUCGUACUACGAAUCUGAGCCUACUUCCUACUCAUGCUGCGGGUGCACCUCAAAAUUCAAAGGAUUCUAUCAAAGCGCCUCCCAAUCCCAAUCAUGAACAUCCACAGCUGCGGACGCUUCCACACAGCGCGAUCAGGGUGUAUAAGAAUGGAAACCUCAUUGGCACCGCUUUUGAAAACCUUCUCGCUUUUCUCCCUCCCGCCAGUGCCCCAAGUAAGGCCAUGGGUGCGAGAGAAGGCACUUUCGACGAUGGUUUGGUGGGCUACUUCCCAGCCGUAUCUUGCUUUUGGGGUGGAAUCGCAGAGGUCAAUUUCGGAGAUGGGAGGGAUGGCUUCUGGUGUCCUCCUCCUCAUCUCGCUCCUGCAAGGCCUAGAAGAGGGUCGGAAGAUGUGGAGAUGCCGGAUGCUGGACUCGACGCCAGUGGUAAGAAGGAGGGAUGGAAUCCAGGCCGGCGCUGUAGGCCUGCAGGCGACAGAUAUAGAGAGCAGAUUGCUGAAGAUGUGGUCUGGGAUAUCGUAGACGAGGUCGACUUCUUCAUGCAAGAUGGAGGCUACGAUGGUAUAGCUGGAAGUGGCGUUACCGGUGCUGUUGCUCAAGGCAGCAGUCGGCUAAAGGAGGAGCAGUCGUAG